CAGUGUUAAAUGAUAAAGCAGAGAGCAGAAGCACUUACCCGAAUUACGAUGAUGGCAUUGCAGUUGGACUUGUUUCCGUUACUCUGCGUUUUGUCUCUUUUUGUUACCUCCUUCGUCAAAGUCACUCAUUCCAAGGCCAUUUCAUCCGUUCAUGACGCUUCAUUUCUCAACCGGAGCAGUUUUCCCCCAGGCUUUGUUUUCGGAGCAGCAUCCUCAGCAUACCAGUAUGAAGGGGCUGCAAGGGAAGGUGGAAGAGGGCCCAGUAUAUGGGAUACUUUCACUCAUAAAUACCCACAAAAAAUAAAAGACGGAAGUAAUGGAGAUGUAGCAGACGACUCAUAUCAUCGGUACAAGGAGGAUAUUGGAAUCAUGAAGUACAUGGAUUUGGAUGCUUAUAGAUUUUCCAUUUCUUGGUCUAGGAUUCUACCCAAAGGAAAGCUUAGUGCAGGUGUAAACCAUGAAGGAAUAAACUACUACAACAACCUUAUCAGCGAGCUAAUGGCAAAUGGUCUGCAACCAUAUGUGACCCUUUUUCAUUGGGACGUUCCCCAAGCCUUAGAGGAUGAGUAUGGCGGUUUCUUAAACCCUCAUAUUGUAGAUGAUUUUAGGGACUAUGCUGAAGUUUGCUUCAAGGAAUUUGGUGAUAGGGUAAAACAUUGGAUUACUUUAAAUGAACCAAGGAGUGUGAGCAAGAAUGGCUAUGCAAAUGGUAGGUUUGCACCUGGUCGGUGUUCUGAUUGGUUAAAACUGAACUGCACAGGUGGUGAUUCCGGAACCGAGCCCUACUUGACUUCACACUACCAACUUCUUGCUCAUGCUGCUGCUGCCAAACUGUAUAAGACCAAGUAUCAGGCAUCUCAAAAGGGUUUAAUAGGGAUUACAUUGAAUUCUGACUGGUAUGUUCCGGUUUCAAAACAGAAAUCUGAUCGAGAUGCUGCACGUCGGGGCCUUGACUUCAUUUUUGGAUGGUCUAUGAGACCACUCACUAAAGGUGAGUAUCCAAAGAGCAUGCGAUCUAUGUUGGGGAAUCGGCUACCAAAGUUCACCAUAGAAGAGUCCAGGCAACUCAAAGGGUCAUUUGAUUUUCUGGGCCUAAACUACUACUCAUCCUUUUAUGCUGCCCAUGCACCUCACCAACUUGUUGUCAGACCAUCCUUACAAACUGAUUCUCUUGUUAAUGUUACAAAUCAGCAUAAUGGCAAGCUCCUUGGUCCAAUGGCUGCUUCUAACUGGUUGUGCAUUUAUCCACGAGGAUUCCGACGACUGUUGCUUUUCAUCAAGAAGCAUUACAACAACCCCGUAAUUUACAUUACUGAAAACGGUUAUGACGAGUUUGACGAUCCAACACUUUCACUUGAAGAAAGCCUUCUAGAUACUUACAGAGUUGAUUACAUAUACCGACAUCUUUAUUAUCUUCAAACUGCAAUCAAGGAUGGUGUGAAUGUGAAGGGAUAUUUUGUGUGGUCAUUGCUGGAUAACAUGGAGUGGGACUCUGGCUAUAGUGUGCGAUUUGGACUCGUCUUUGUGGAUUUCAAAGAUGGUUUGAAAAGAUACCCGAAAUACUCAGCACAUUGGUUCAAGAACUUCCUUAGUAAAUCUUAGUUUGACAUAUAUAUGGAACAUGGUUCAAAGGAAUAUGAGAUUUGAAACUCGGGUUUUGAAAUAUGCUAUAUAAAAUUCAGUACAGUUAGAUGAAAAUGAUUCGUUUAAACAUAUAGAUAAUGUAUCUUGAGCACUAAUACAACAGAUUACGACAUCACUUCUGAAUUUAUGAGUUUUCUUGAUUAUA